GGCUCUGGUGCUGGCUGCUGGCAGGAGGCGAAGUGAGGACCCCCGCCCAGCAGUGGCCGGAGCGCAGGGUUAAGGGAGCGCAGGGGAGGACUCCAUGGGUUGCGCAGACCGUCAUGGUGAUGGACAUCAACAGCAGCGGCGGCGGGGUCUCGGACCCAAGCUACUACAGUAGCCUUCGCUCUUUCCUACUCCAGGAGGUGGGACAGGGUCUCCGGGACCUGAGCCCCGACGGCGGCGGCGGUGGCGGCGACGGGAUGAUCUCGGGCUCCUGGGAGCCGCGUCUGCUGCCGGUGAUCCAGGAGGUCACAGCCAGCCCAGAGCCAGGAUUCUCCGCGGGAAACAACACCGGCUGUGGGGAGCAGAUCAACUACGGCAACACCGAGAAAGUUGUGAUCGGAGCCAUCCUGUCCCUCAUCACUCUGCUCACCAUCGCCGGCAACUGCCUGGUGGUGAUCUCCGUCUGCUUCGUCAAAAAGCUCCGUCAGCCCUCCAACUACCUGAUAGUGUCGUUGGCCCUGGCCGACCUCUCGGUGGCCGUGGCGGUGAUGCCCUUCGUCAGUGUCACCGACCUCAUCGGAGGCAAGUGGAUCUUCGGACACUUUUUCUGCAACGUCUUCAUCGCCAUGGACGUUAUGUGCUGCACGGCUUCGAUCAUGACCCUCUGUGUGAUCAGCAUUGAUAGGUACCUUGGGAUAACAAGACCUCUGACGUACCCUGUGAGACAAAAUGGCAAAUGUAUGGCCAAAAUGAUCCUUUCCGUGUGGCUCCUGUCUGCCUCGAUCACUUUACCUCCUCUCUUUGGCUGGGCCCAGAAUGUCAAUGAUGAUAAAGUUUGCUUAAUCAGCCAGGAUUUUGGCUACACAAUUUACUCCACUGCAGUUGCAUUUUACAUCCCCAUGUCUGUGAUGCUUUUCAUGUACUACCAGAUUUACAAGGCUGCUAAGAGAAGUGCUGCUAAACAUAAAUUUACUGGCUUCCCUCGGGUUGAAGAAAAUAAUGAAGGUGUCAUUUCAGUCAAUGGCAUGGUGAAGCUCCACAAAGAUCCUGAAGAAUGUGCCAAUUUUUCCAGACUCCUUAAACAGGAGAGGAAAAAUAUCUCCAUCUUUAAGAGGGAGCAGAAAGCAGCCACCACUCUUGGGAUUAUUGUCGGGGCCUUUACUGUAUGUUGGCUCCCAUUCUUCAUCCUCUCGACAGCAAGGCCAUUUAUCUGUGGGACUUCCUGCAGCUGCAUCCCAUUGUGGAUGGAGAGAACAUUCCUGUGGCUAGGCUAUGCAAACUCCCUCAUUAAUCCUUUUAUAUAUGCCUUCUUCAAUCGAGACCUGAGGACCACCUAUCGCAACCUGCUCCAGUGUCGAUACAGGAACAUCAACCGGAAACUUUCAGCUGCGGGAAUGCAUGAAGCUCUGAAGCUAGCUGAGAGACCUGAAUUUGUGCUACAAAACUCUGACUACAGUCGGAAAAAAAGUCAUGAUUCAUGAUGGAGCCUGAAAUCAACAAGGAGUGAAAGAGGUGACUCACUCCUAAUGAAGAAGUUUCUGGCUUUCAAAAUACAGCUUCUCCUGUGGGAGGAACCAUUCAAAUGUGACGUCAACAUGGAUGAUCCAUUGUAUGACAUGUGCUGAUUUGGAGAGGGAUGAUCACUCUCUUGCUUGCUUUCCAUUUGUAAAUCAAUGCUAUUGUGUACAACUAAAAAUCAAUGUCUGUGUAUGACAGCAAAAUCAUGUUUUAGCAAUAAGCACAUUAACAAAACUGCAUUCUGUAGAAGAUGGAAACUCAGUUUCUAGUGUUUCACAUCUUUCUGUGUCAGUGAAAGGAAGUCCUAGUUCAUAGUCCCCAUGCUUUUGAGGCAAGAUGUUAUUAUGAAUAUUCAGGGAUCAUUGAUGAAAAAAAGCUGUAUUUUGUUGUAUGACAAAUAGAUAUUUUUUAAGCAAACACUGGUAAGUCGUCGUGUUGAAAAUGUUGCAUGCCUGUGUUAGAAAACAAAACUACUGUAGUCCGCUAUUGCAAACCUAGUUCCAGGGCAUUGUUUAUUUAAAGCCCCUGUCAAGUAGUUUGGCUUUUUUUUACAGAGGCCCCUGUGUCUUUCCCAUAAAAGUACUUUAUGUGUUGAUCUACUUAUUGUUCCUAUAGGACUCAUGAAUGGAUUUAAGGCUGGAAAGGGCCAGAAAGCCUGGCCAUAGAUUUUGCUUUGCAAACAGUUCUUCCUCAGGAUGCUAAGGGAUUGGGAUAAUUCAUUUCCCAAGGUUCUUGGCAACCCAAGGGGGAAAAAAGACUGCACUGGGAGCAAUCUGCCAUGCAACAAGCAUUCAUUAAGCACUUAUUAUGUUUGUAAGUGCUGGGGAUUAUUAAGAGAAGAAAGACAUAAUAGGUUUCCAAACCUUGAAAUGCUUCCUGUUCUGAUGUCACAGAUCUAGUAACUGGCAGAUGCCAUUUUGUGACCAGGGUGACCAGAUUGUACUUCAAGGCAGAUGUGCUUGUCGCCUGCCUGCUGCUGAAUGUUCAGUGUGAAGAAUUGCUUUCUUUGAGCAUCAUCAUGCUCAACUCUGUGAAUGAAUUUGAUGGAAAAAGGAGAGUGCCCUAGAGCCUUGGCUAAGAGCCUCUGAGAAGGCCAUUAGGCUCAUUCACUGUGAUGUCUGUAUCUUAAAGCAAGGGUAUGCAUUGAGUGAUGCAAUUCUGUCUUAUGUAAGGUCAACAAUUGAGGCAGGAUGCUGACAGAAAUGAUCCUGUCAUGGAUCUGACUCGUCAAACUGUGAAGUUCAAUAAACACAGGGUACAGGAACGAUGGUAAUUCUGAGCCGGUAGAGCCACCAGGAGGAAGCCUUCAUCUCCAGGUGACGGAUGGAGAGCCCUAUGAGCAAAUGGACAGUUUUCCCCACCGUAAAGGAGACGAUACGCUCCUCAGACUUUGUGGCUUUCUAACAGGGGGCCCAGACUGGACAUGCAUGAUUUUGCUUUGGCUUUGCCUCUUACCAGGACCAGAGAAGCACCUGCAUCCCAGAUGAAGAGAAUAUGGGUAUUUAUCUUCUAGACAAAGCUGUGUGAAUAUCUUAACUGCAGGCUUCAUAGAGUGACUGUACAUAAUUAUAUUCAUAAUUUAAAGGAUUAAGUAUAAUAAGAUGAAUGUUGUGUUCCAUUUGAAAAUGUUUUAUUACAUUAAAUCAAAUAAAGUCUAUUUAUAGCUGCAA